AUGGCGUCUCGGGAGGGAGGAGCAGGUGCGGCGGCGGGCCAGCCGGCGCUGCGGGUGGGCCGGACGCGGGAGUACCGGACGGGCAUGGAGACGGAGCUGCUGUCCAUCGGCGCCGGCGCGUCGGGCGGCCCGGCGGUGAGCCUCUUCGUGCUGGCCUCCGGUGUCCAUGGCCACCUGCACCGUCGGCGACCACCAGUGGAUGCUGGCGCGCGACGCCUCGUGGCACGGAUCGACUCGCGCGCCUUCGUCUUCGAGCUCCCCGGCUUCUUCUACGCCGUCGUCGUGCCGCCCGACGCCGCGGGUGGCGCGGCGGAGCGGAAGUGCGCCACCAUGGCUGAAAUCUUCUCGCGGUUCUGCGCGUACCACGACCUUGCCGCCGCCGAUGGUGGAGACGAACCUGCUGGUGAGCUGAACACGAACCCAUGGGUCCGUGCCCACGCCAGGAUACAGCGCCUCAAGAGGCACACCUCGCCCACGGGACAGGCCGCCGCCGACGCGCCGUCCGACCGCGCCAGGCAGAUGGAGCGCGCCGUCCGCACGUCAGCGGUCGUCAAGCUGCUUACCCGAUCCCUGCUAGCCGGCGUGCUCCAGCCCGGCCGGCACCUGACCAUCACCACCGGCGGCGGCGCCGCCAAUGCCGGCACCAGCUCGCGGCCCUCCACGGCAGCGCUGCCAAGCAAAUCGGUCGUGUCAGACCUCCUCGACGCCAUCGAGACGAACCGGGCCGCGCCGCGCCGCGACGCCCGCCGUGGAUCCGGUGGCAGCGGUGGACUCGGGUGGUGGAACCUCAACGUGGAGGGCAUAAUGCUGCUGCUCAGGGUCGUCCAGGCGGUCCGGGGAAGGAAGCAUCUGGCGGCGCCGGCGGCAGGGGAGAAGAGGCCACGGGACGAGGGACCUGGUCGCGAUACCAUGAGAGGCGGCGGCGCGGCACGGCGGUGGUGCGGCGGGAGGCCGAGGAAGAUUGGGAAUACCGUUGGCGCCUGCGGGAGCUCAUAG